AUGAAAAUUUCCAUUUUUUUAAGAGUUUAUUUAUUUGUUUAUUUAAGUAGCGCGUAUAUUUCGUGUAAAAAGUAUGUGGAUCUAGAACUUCCAGGUGAUCUUGUGGAUCCAGAAGUCAACGAUCUAGAGGUUGAACACCGCUCGUCAAAACUGUCAGAUGAGUUGUCGCCAGAGGACAAGUCGGACUUCGAAGAUACUGUAGACUUCACAGAAACAGUAGAUCUCGAUGAUUCCUUCGAUCUGGCGGAGUCACCGGAGGAAACGCCGGACGACUCAGUAGUUGUCGACGACGAAGUCAAGGUUGAAGAGGAAGAGGAGCCGGAUAGAGAGUUGACGGAGGAGGAGCUGCUGGACAACUCAGAUGACUCGUCAGUGCUGACGAGCGACAAGCUGUUCAGGGACUCGACGAAGUCGGAGAAGUUCGAGUACCAAGCAGAAGUUACGCGUUUGUUGGACAUCAUAGUAAACUCUAUCUACUCGAGCAAGGACAUAUUCCUGAGAGAGCUUGUAUCAAACAGCGCAGACGCGCUGGAAAAGUAUAAAAUCACAGCGCUGCAAAAAAAUUACAGCGACAAGGACACAGUGGACCUGUUCAUCAGAGUGCGCUCGUACCCGAAGAAGAGACUGCUGACAAUAUGGGACAGCGGAGUGGGAAUGACGAAAAAUGACCUGAUGAAUAACCUGGGAACUAUCGCGAAGAGCGGGACUGCGAACUUCCUGGACUCACUCUCAAAGGUGGGAAACGACCCGAACCUGAUAGGACAGUUCGGAGUAGGAUUCUACUCAGCAUUCCUGGUGGCAGACACAGUGAUAGUGCAGUCGAAGCACAGAGACGAUAAGCAGUACGUGUGGAAGUCGUCAGCAGCAAACAGCUACGAGCUGUUCGAGGACUCGGAAAACACGCUGGGAGAUCACGGAACGCUGAUCACGCUGGAGCUGAGAGAGGACGCGACGGAGUACCUGAAGACAGAUGUGCUGGAAAACCUUGUGAAAAAGUACAGCCAGUUUGUAAAGUACCCAAUACAGCUGUACAAGAAGCUGGGAGAGAAGCAGGAGCUGGGCUGGGUGAGCGUAAAUGAAACACAACAGAUUUGGACGAGAAGUAAAAACACAAUCACAGAGAAAGAGUACAACGACUUCUUCAAAAAAAUCAGCGGCAAGGACGAGGAGCCGCUGGCACACGUGCACUUCACAGCGGAGGGAGACGUGGACUUUAAGGCGCUGCUGUACAUACCGAGCUCGCCGUCAGCAAUGUACUUCACCACAGAUACAGUGAACCACAACGUUAAGCUGUACUCGAGAAGAGUUUUGGUAUCCGAAAACCUGAGAGACUUUAUACCAAGGUACCUGUUCUCAGUGUACGGAGUAGUGGACUCGGACUCGUUUCCACUAAACGUGUCGAGAGAGUACCUGCAGCAGAGUAAGCUGGUGAAAGUGAUAGGAAAGAAGGUGGUGAGAACAGUGCUGGACACACUGUUCGACGUGAUGAAGAAGUCAGAAGACGACGUGAAGGAGGUGUCGGAGGAGCUGGAGAAAGUUAAGGCAGUGAACGGAGAGAGUGAAUGGAACAGCUACAAGAAGGAAUGGAAGAAGAGAGAUGAGUCGGGAUACAAGUCAUUCGUAGAGGAGUUGAAAAAAGAAGCAGAAAAGAAAAAGGAAGAAAAGAAGGAAGAAAAGAAAGAAAAGAAGGAAGAUAAUAAGGAAGAUAAAAAGGAAAAGUGGAUGGAGGACAUGAAGCUGAGAAAGAAGAAGCUGGAAAGGAAGCUGAAGGAAGUGGACAAGUACGGAAAGUUCUACAAAGGGUUCAAGGGAAGUUUGAAGGUGGGAUGCUACGACGAUGACCAGAACAGAAAGAAAAUAGCAAGACUGCUGAGGUACAAGACGCUCUUCAGCGAAAAGGAAUUGACCUUUGACCAGUACGUGGAGGCAAUGAAGGAGGAGCAGACGGAAAUAUACUACGUGACGAGCGAAAACUACGAAGACCUGAAGACAAUGCCGCACCUGCAGGGACUGAAGAAGCGCAAGUUCGACGUGCUGUACCUGAGCGACACGAUGGACGAAAGCUGUCUGACGAAGCUCGAGGAGUACAAAGGAAAAAAGUUCAAAAAUGUGCAGAAGGCAGACCUGAAUCUGAAGCUGACAGAAGAAGAGGAAAACGAGGAGAAGCGCAAGGAGGCGAAGUAUAAGCCGCUGCUGCUGUACCUGAAGGACAUGUUCCCGGAAACGUCAGGAGUUAAGCUCUCGAGAAGACUGGUGGAGGACCCGUGCACAGUGGUGGCCUCGGAGUGGUCAAUGUCCUCGCACAUGGAAAAGCUGAUGAAGUCGUACGCAGUGCACCGCGACGAAAAGUUUGAAACGUUCAAUAAGCUGAGCAGCAAGGUGUUGGAACUGAACCCGGACCACCCAAUAAUGAUAAAGCUGCUCUACCUGUUCACGCAGGCACAGAACAUGCUGAAGGAAGACAAGUUGGACAAGGAAGAUAAGGAAGACAAAGAUAAGGCAGCCAAGUUGGACAAGGAAGAUAAGCACGAGGACGCGGACAAGAAGAAGGAUGAGUCAGAAGAAGGAGCAGAGAAGAAGGAAAGUAAGGACGAAGAUGAGGAGGCGACAGCAGCAGUGGAGCAGGACCCGGAGCUGGUGGAGAAGAAGAAAAGGUACAUGAAGAGACUGGACAGGUUGUUUAAGCUGCUGUACAACGCAGCGAAGCUGAAGAGCGGAUUCGUGCUCGAGGAGCCGCAGCUGGUCGUCAACUACCUCUACGAGAAGCUGAACAGGUCACUGGGAGACGUGGUCGAGCGGGACUACGACAAGAGCAAGGACCUGAAGCUCGACGACUUCGAAGUGCCGAAGGUGGACGUAAAGGUGCCGGAACACGUUAAGCGCCUGCAGGAGCAGGAGGAGGCGAGAAAGGCAGCAGAAGCAAGCAAGGGAGUGGCUCUUAACCUGGACGCAGUAGACCAGAAGGCAGAGCCAGUGGCUGAGGAAGAGGACGAAGAAGAGGAAGUCAAAAAACCCAAAAAGAAAAAGGAAAAGACGAAGACGAAGGAGGAGGAGAAGAAGGAGUUCGACGAGCAGUUCGAAGCAAUGAACGAACUGUUCAUGGGCAAGGACCCGGAGGGAUACGACGUCACGAGGGGGGAAGUGGACGACCUCGACGAGAGCAAGAUGAUGCUCGACACGCUCAAGUCGCGCGGCCUCGACGUGGAGAAGCUGCGCAACAAGGAGGAGGACUACGACUGGGCGAACGACGAGCUGUAG